AUGAGCGUGCUGAAUAAAAACCUGGCACUGAAACCCGGACAGGAACCCGAAAAGAUAAUGAGAUCCAGCAGUAUUUACAAGUUAACACCGGUCCUAGAUCAGGACGGUAUUCUGCGGAUGAACGGUCGAAUGGAGGCAGCAACCGGCAUGCCGUUCGACAAGAGAUAUCCCAUCAUUCUUCCCCGGAAGCAUGGGCUGACGAAAAAGCUGAUACAAGUUUACCACGAGAACUUCGGGCAUGCUAAUCGGGAAACCGUGGUGAACGAACUUCGCCAGCGGUUCUGGAUCCCAAAUAUCCGAAGGGCAGUCUUUCAAGUCGCUCGACAGUGCAUCUGGUGCAAAGUGCAUCGCUGUCUUCCCUUGGCUCCGCUGAUGAGUCCGCUUCCGGUUUAA